GGGGCGGCCGCCGCCUACACCAUCCAGAUGGAUGACCACCUGGGCUCGGUGGCAGUCCAGCACCGUGAAGUCCAAGGCUACGAGAGCGAGACCUUCCGUGCCUACUUCAAGCAGGGACUCAUCUAUAAGAAGGGUGGGGUGGCCUCAGGCAUGAAGCACGUGGAGACGAACACCUACAACACCCAGCGCCUACUGCAUGUGAAGGGCAAGAAGAACGUGGUGGCAGAAGAGGUGGAAAUGAGCUGGAAAAGCUUCAACCNNNAGGACUGCUACAUCCUUGAUCAAGGAGGUCUCAAGAUCUUCGUGUGGAAAGGCAAGAAAGCCACCAAGGAAGAGAAGCAAGAGGCGAUGAACAGGGCACUGGACAUCCGGGACCGGGAGCGCGGGGGCCGUGCCAAGGUGAGCAUAGUGGAUGGCGAGGACGAGGGCGCCUCGCCGGAGCUCAUGCAGGUCCUCACGCACUUGCUGGGUGAGAAGAGGGACAUCAAGGCAGCCACACCUGAUACUGAAGUGGACCAGAAGCUCAAGUCUUCCCUCAAGCUCUACCACAUCUCCAAUGCCAGCGGGAACCUGGUUCUACAGGAGGUGGGGAUUCGACCCCUGACUCAAGAUAUGCUCCUGCAUGAGGACUGCUACAUCCUUGAUCAAGGAGGUCUCAAGAUCUUCGUGUGGAAAGGCAAGAAAGCCACCAAGGAAGAGAAGCAAGAGGCGAUGAACAGGGCACUGGGCUUCAUCAAAGCCAAGAACUACCCAGCCACCACCAGCGUGGAGACGGAGAAUGAUGGGUCCGAGUCAACCGUCUUCAGGCAGCUCUUCCAAAAAUGGACUCUCCCCAACCAGACCAGCGGGUUGGGCAAGACCCACACUGUGGGCAAAGUGGCCAAGGUGGAGCAGGUGAAGUUUGAUGCCACCACACUGCACGCCAAGCCUGAGAUGGCCGCCCAGCAGAAGAUGGUGGAUGACGGAUCUGGGGAGGUGGAGGUCUGGCGCGUGGAGAACCAGGAGCUGGUGCCCGUGGAGAAGAAGUGGCUGGGCCAUUUCUAUGGUGGGGACUGCUACCUGGUGCUCUACACCUAUUCUGUGGGGCCCAAGGUGAACCGCAUCAUCUACCUCUGGCAGGGUCGCCAAGCCACCACAGAUGAGCUGGCCGCCUCUGCCUACCAAGCUGUCAUCCUGGACCAGAAGUAUAACAAUGAGCCUGUGCAGGUUCGGGUCACCAUGGGCAAGGAGCCGGCCCACCUGAUGGCCAUCUUCAAGGGCAAGAUGGUGGUGUACGCUGGUGGUACCUCGCGGGCGGGCAGCAACAAGCCGGCACCCUCCACCCGCCUCUUCCACGUGCAUGGCUCCAAUGAGUACAACACCAAAGCCUACGAAGUGCCUGCCUGCGCCUCUUCCCUCAACUCCAAUGAUGUCUUUGUGCUUCAGCCCCCCAGCUGCUGCUACCUCUGGUAUGGGAAGGGCUGCAGCGGGGACGAGCGUGAGAUGGGCAAGAUGGUGGCCGACAUCAUCUCCAAGAUGGAGAAGCCAGUGAUCGCGGAGGGACAGGAACCAGCUGAGUUCUGGGUGGCCCUGGGGGGCAAGUCCCAGUAUGCCAACAGCAAGAGGCUGCAGGAGGAGAACCCCUCUGUGUCCCCCCGGCUCUUCGAGUGCUCCAACAAGAAAGGCACCUUCUUGGCCACAGAGAUCGUAGACUUCACCCAGGAUGACCUGAAUGAGGAUGAUGUUUACCUGCUGGACACCUGGGACCAGGUUUUCUUCUGGAUUGGAAAAGAAGCCAACGAAUCGGAGAAGGAGGCAGCGGCAGUGAUGGCGCAGGAGUACUUGCGGAGCCACCCCAGCGGGCGUGACCUCGACACCCCCAUCAUUGUGGUGAAGCAGGGCCACGAGCCCCCCACCUUCACUGGCUGGUUCCUGGCCUGGGACCCUCUCAACUGGGCCGACAAGAAAUCCUACGAGGAGCAGAGGGCCGAGCUGGGGGAUGACAGCAGCCUGGGGCAGCUCACCUCAGUGCUCACAUCCAGGCAAGAGGUCUUCACUGCCACCACCACCCUCCUCCCCAGCAAACUGGAGAUCUUCCCCCUGGACGUGCUGGUGAACACCUCGGCUGAGGACCUGCCGCGAGGCGUGGAUCCCAGCAGGAAGGAGAACCACCUCUCCGACCAGGACUUCCAGGCUGUUUUCGGUAUGGACCGCUCCGCCUUCGGCAAGCUGCCCUUGUGGAAACAACAGAAGCUCAAGAAGGACAAAGGACUCUUCUAG